AUGGGUGUGCAGAUUCCUGAACUGGACUUUGAGAUCCCUCCAGAGGCUCAGCGUGGAUCUUUAUCAACAGUGGAAGGAAUAUUAGUAAGAGCUGUGGAUGAACUACAAGCCCUACAAGUAGAGCGAAAGGAAGUGGAUCCUCAGACUGCUGAAGCAAUAGACAUGUUCUUGGUAAAAUUGAAAGCUUGCGCAUCUGGAGAUUCAUCGUUUACCUUCAGUCUUGAUGAUCCUGCUGGCAACAGCUUCAUUGAGAACCCGUUAGCUCCAUCUCCGGACCCAUCAUUGACUAUUAAGUUCUACGAGCGAACUCCUGAGCAACAAGCAUCAUUAGGUUACGCUGUUGAUCCAUCACAAGUUCGGGAACCUGGUGUGACCACUGAAUUGGAGGAAAUAAACCAAGUCCCUGACCAAUUGAAAAGAGAGCCACAUGGAUCAGUUGGAGCAAGAGGAGGUCAACGAGCUAUUGCUCAGGGUAAUAGUGCAGAAAUUGCUGAAGCUUUGUUUCGUUACUCUGCACCGGAAGAGAAUGUUUCCAGAAGGAAUAAUGCUGAGCGGCGAAAAAUGACGACUGGGGCAGUGGUAAGGGCCUAG